UAUACUGCAAGCUGCAGCUUAUAAGUUGUAAUACCGCCUACUAUUUCUAUUUGCUAGAACUAUAUAUACUAAACAUUAAAAAGUAGUAUAAUAUGGGUCUACAUGUCUUUGGGUAAUUACGAAUCAUAGCGUUAACUAAAAUAUUAACCGGUAAUAAAUCUUCUACUAUCAGCAAAUAAAAUACUGAUAACUGAAUACAAAAUUACCACGUAAACUAGUUGCGUACAUAUUCUGCGGAUUUCACAUAACAAGAUUUUACUCAAAUGUAAUUAAUUUAUAUUCGUUUUUAAAAUACCAAAAUAAGUGAACUACAAGUAUUAUGUUAACAAAGUUUGAAACCAAGUCAGCCCGAAUCAAGGGCUUGGCUUUUCAUCCCAAAAGACCGUGGAUUUUGGCCAGUCUUCACACUGGUGUCAUUCAGUUAUGGGAUUAUCGUAUGUGCACUUUGCUGGAUAAAUUUGAUGAACACGACGGACCAGUUCGCGGUGUCAAUUUUCACAGUCAACAGCCCAUAUUUGUAUCAGGAGGUGACGAUUACAAAAUUAAAGUAUGGAAUUAUACACAACGUCGUUGUCUAUUUACACUUCUGGGUCAUUUGGAUUACAUACGAUCUGCCAUGUUUCAUCAUGAAUCCCCAUGGAUACUAAGUGCUUCAGAUGAUCAAACAAUUCGAAUUUGGAACUGGCAAAGUCGUGCUUGUGUUUGUGUACUUACUGGACACAAUCAUUAUGUGAUGUGUGCACAAUUUCAUCCUUCUGAAGAUUUAGUAGUGUCAGCAUCAUUGGAUCAAACCAUACGGGUGUGGGACAUUUCUGGAUUGCGUAGGAAAAACGUUGCCCCCGGUCCAGGAGGGUUUGAUGAACAUAUGAAAAAUCCAAAUGAUAUGUUUGGACAAUCCGACGCAGUUGUUAAACAUGUACUCGAAGGACACGACCGAGGUGUUAAUUGGUGCACGUUUCAUCCUACAAUGCCACUCAUUGUAUCCGGUGCUGACGACCGUCAAGUGAAAUUGUGGCGAAUGAGUGAUUCUAAAGCCUGGGAAGUAGAUACGUGUCGUGGCCACUACAAUAAUGUAUCCUGUGUUGUAUUUCAUCCAAAACAAGAAUUAAUCAUAUCUAACUCUGAAGACAAAAGUAUUCGUGUGUGGGAUUUGACUAAAAGAACGUGUUUAAAUACAUUUAAACGAGAAAACGAACGAUUUUGGAUACUUGCUGCUCAUCCAACUUCUAAUUUAUUCGCUGCAGGACACGAUUCUGGCAUGGUAGUAUUUAAAUUGGAGCGUGAAAGGCCAGCUUUUACACAAUUUGGAAAUUAUUUGUACUAUGUCAAAGAAAGGUUUUUACUCCGCCUUGAUUUCAGUACACACAAAGUCAACACUGUUAUGAAAUUAAGAGGUGGGGGCCGAACGCUUGUCUACAGCAUAAGCUACAAUCCCGCAGAAAAUGCAUUACUAGUAGUAACAAGAAAUUCUGAUGUAGAUAAUAGUACCUAUGAUUUGUAUCAACUACCUAAAGAAUCAUCGGAUAACGGCAAAAUCGAAUCGCCUGAAAGCAAAAAGUCUAGUGGCCUAAUGGCUGUUUGGAUUGCUAGAAACCGAUUUGCUGUGCUAGACAAAGUGCACAUGUUACAAUUGAAAAACUUGAAAAAUGAAGUGACAAAAAAAAAUAUUGGCCCUAAUAACGUUAAUGAAAUUUUUUAUGCUGGUACAGGAUUACUUUUGCUUCGCGAUCCUGAAAAUUUAACAUUGUUUGAUGUAACACAAAAAAGAGUGUUAGCUCAAGCCAAAAUAGCCAAGUGUCGAUAUGUGAAUUGGUCUAAUGAUGGAUCGUUACUUGCUGUUUUGUGCAAAAAUAAUAUUUAUAUAUGUAGCAGGAAAUUAGAAAUACUCUGCACUAUUCAUGAGAAUUCCAGAAUCAAAUCUGGCGCGUGGGAUGAAUGUGGUGUAUUUAUUUAUACAACAAGUAAUCAUAUAAAAUACGCUCUACCAGAUGGCGGAGACUAUGGAAUCAUUCGAACAUUAGAUCUCCCGAUAUACAUUACAAAAGUAAGUGGCAAUGAAGUAUUUUGCUUGGACAGAGAAUGCCGACCAAGAGUAUUGAACAUAGAUACGACUGAAUACAAAUUUAAGCUGGCACUUAUAAAACGUAAAUAUGAAGAAGUUUUGCACAUCGUCAGAAACGAUAGGUUGAUCGGUCAGUCGAUUAUAGCAUACUUGCAACAAAAAGGAUAUCCAGAAGUUGCAUUGCAUUUUGUUAAGGACAACAAAACUAGGUUUUCUUUGGCCCUCGAAUGCGGUAAUAUUGAUAUUGCAUUGGAAGCAGCCAGAACCUUGGACGAUAAGUUAUGUUGGGAACAAUUAGGACAGUCGGCUCUACUUCAAGGUAAUCAUCAAGUUGUAGAAAUGUGUUAUCAGAGAACCAAAAAUUUCGAUAAAUUAUCAUUUUUAUACUUGAUCACUGGCAAUUUGGACAAAUUAAGAAAAAUGAUGAAAAUUGCUGAAAUACGUAAAGAUGUAUCUGGACAUUAUCAAGGAGCUCUUUUGUUGGGUGAUUGUCAUGAAAGGAUUAAGAUAUUGAAUGAUCUCGGUCACAAAUCUCUUGCCUACCUAACUGCUGAAACCCACGGUUUGCACGCUGAAGCUGAAUCCAUUAAAGAGGGUUAUACAGGCAAUUUACCAAAAGUAAACCCAAAUGCCGUAUUGUUGAAACCACCAGUACCUGUUAGUCAAGCUGAAUCCAAUUGGCCGUUGUUAACUGUAUCUAAGGGAUUCUUUGAAGGUGCCAUUUUGUCAGCUGGUAAAGCCUCUGGUCUUAUUGAUACAACAAUCGGUGAGGAUAUUGAAGAAGAAGGUUGGGGCGCAGAAGCUGACUUAGCUUUAGAGGGACGAAUUUCACCUACUCAUUCAGAAGCUGAAGAAGAAGUUGCGGCUGUGGCAGUUGGUGAAGAAGGAUGGGACGUUGGCGAUGAAGAAGUAGAGCUGCCUCCCGAUAUCGCUGUUUCUAAGCAAGAUGCUGACUAUUUUAUUGCACCUAAAGAAGGACCCAGUCAAGCCCACAUUUGGUCUACUAAUAGCCAAUUGCCUAUCGAUUACAUCAAGUCGGGUAACUUCGAAACUGCAUUUAAGUUAUUAAACGAGCAGAUCGGAGUGACCAAUUUCCAACCAUUUAAAAGUCUGUUCAUGGACACGUACCUAAAAUCUCGUUGUUCAUACACCCCAUUACCUUCUCACCCAUCUUUGUUUGUGUAUCCCCAAAGAAAUUGGAAAGAAAACAAUAACAAACCGGUGUUAGACCUAAAACUAGAACAUUUACUCAGUGAACUGCAAUCGUGCUACCAGUUGACUACAGCCGGUAAAUUCCCAGAGACCAUAGCCAAGUUCCGGUCUAUUCUUUUGUCUAUUCCACUGUUGUAUGUUGACACCAAACAAGAGCUUGGUGAAGUGAAUCAAUUAAUUCAUAUUUCUAAAGAGUAUGUGUUAGGAUUAAUAAUGGAAACUGCUCGUAAAGAACAUCCUAAAGCAACACUUGAUGACCAAAAGAGGGUCGCCGAAAUGGCUGCUUAUUUCACUCACUGUGACUUGCAAAUGACUCAUAAAGUACUUACCUUACGUACUGCUAUUAAUAUUUUUUAUAAAAUUGGAAAUUUGAUUAUGGCCUCGUCAUUUGCAAAGCGGUUACUGGAACUCGGUCCGCGGGCCGAUGUUGCUCAACAAGCCCGCAAGAUGGUCCAAGCCUGUGACGUAAAUCCAGUAAACAAAAUACAAGUAGCCUACGAUCAGCACAAUCCGUUUGCAAUAUGUGCUUACUCUUUUUUACCAAUCUACAAAGGAAAGGAAGAAAUCAAAUGUCCAUACUGUUUAGCAUCAUACCAGCCUGUCUAUAAAGACAACGUGUGCAACAUAUGUCAAAUAGCUUCCAUUGGCAAAGAAAGUACGGGACUCAAAAUUACCCUACCUAACUAUCGAUAACCAUAUAUCUCAUGAUGAGCCUUAAAGGUCCGUUAAGCUGAUGAAAGUCAUAAUGAACUAACGAUAACUGUUUAUUAUUGUUGACCAGAAUUUUUUUGUUCUUUUAUCAAUGUUCUUAGCUUUUAUAAUUUAUCUACAGUGUUACUACUAUUAUUAUUGUGAAUAUUGUUUUAAUAUUUUUGUAUUUUAAACAAACUUAACGUUACUUGUUUUUUGUAUGAAUAAAUAAAAACCCAACACAAUUAGAGCAUCGCGCAUUUAGUGAUGUCGAGGAGGACAUCAAUAUUUUUUAUAACUGAAUAAUAUAACUUGAACAAAAAUAUUUUCAAUGUGAAAGAUUUAAAU